CCACGUUCACCGGACCGGCAGGAAGGCGGGCCUGUUUCAGGAUCCGCAACAAUGACUUAGGGGGCGAGCAGGUCUGGUGGGAGUAAUUCAUCCCCGUUUCAGAUGCUGACAUGACGAGCUUGAGAAGGGUCUCUGCGUGUGGAGGCCGUGAUGCAGGUGCAGAAGGUUGGAACGUGGGAUAAGAUGCACCGGGACCGCAAGUUGUGGUGCAACCUCUGCAAACACAUUUGGCAGGGGAAUGUAUCGAAGGCAACGCGCCUCUUCACUCAGCAAAAGAAGUGUCGCGCAGCAACGAUGGACGUUCUUGUGGACGUAUGGAACGACAAAAAAUACGUUUUCGCAAUUGAGGGCGUGGCAUCCCUUUUGCAGUACAUGGAGGACAAGGGGAUCAGGGAAGCACAAUCAGUUGUGGGGCAUUCCCUCCCACGAGUCUCGUCGUCUGUUGCACCCCGUGACGAGGUGCAAGACGUCCUAGACGAGGCUGAGGAGCGGGAGGGGGGCGGUUUGUCAGACGGUGUGGAUUUGCAGGGCGAGGAGGUGGUGUUGACUUCACGCGGGGCAGGGGCGAAGGACAAGGGGAAGAGAAAGGCGGUGGACAGGGAUGACCGUCCGCCUCAGACGGAGAAGAGGGUCCGGCAGACCCGGAUUGACGAUGUGUAUGAUAAGGAGAAACAUUCGCAUUUCAACGACAAGUUUCUGCAGUGGGUGUAUGAUGCCGGCAUUGCGUUCAAUGCCUUUAGGAGACCGUCUUGGAGGGAGGUCGGGAAGGCAACCGAAGAGAUGCCUCGAGGUGUGAGGAUGCGAUUUCCCUCGUUUGGGGAAAUCGGCGGUCGCGGGCUUCCUUCGCAGAGGGUGAAGUUGGCCACCUUGCUUCAAGAGGUUCGAGAGUCUUUCGCCCACAGAGGCGCGACCAUGUUGUCGGACGGUAGGAAGUCUCGCCAUUCACGGCCCAUCGUGAACUUCCUUGCAGCCGACGCCAAUGGCGCACUACUUUAUGCCACCAUCUUCCGUGAUGGUUCUGUCCCCGAGACUGGUGCCAUUGUGUAUCGCGGGUGGAGGGCUAUCAUCACAUCCUUCCCUGCGAAGGAUGUGAUCGCAUUUUGCACGGACUCCGCCAGCAACUAUGUUGCGGCGUCCAAACUCCUCGCUCAGGACCCCGACCCGGAUACGGGUGGAGAUCCGACAGGCAGAGAUUACCUCGUCGUGCGCACGCAGAUUCGGCAUUUCCACGCCCGGAGAGGCGACUGGGGCGAUCGGUCAUUGUCCGAUGCCGAGGCCCAGGAUUGCGACGGAGGCGACGAGACGGCUCGCUGUGCGGCAUGGUGGCUCGCCCACGGCGCAGGCCACCGAGAGUUGCGUGCCAUCGCCAUCCGAGUGAUGCACAUGUGGACGUCCGCCUCUCCUGCGGAGAGGAAUUGGGCGGAGCAUGAGCGCAUUCAGACGACGAAGCGCAACAAGCUUGGUUUUGCCAAGCUCGCACAGCUGGUUGAGAUUACGAUUAAUCUCAAACUGGCUUUGUGCAGGCAGCAUAGCGGUGGGUAUGUUUUGCCUUGGAUCAUGGACAGAGAGAGAGAGGAGCAGAGACCUCCUUCCGCCUCGGGCGAGGACGAGGAGGACGCCGAACCGGAGCCAAAGGCGUGGGGCCAGACCGACUGGGACCGUCAGCGAUGCGGAGCUGAGGAAGCAGAUCGACGUAUGGUGAGUGGUGGACCGCCCGUUGGUGUGCCGACGGGGGUGAGCGAUCGUGGCGUGGAGGGGAAGCACGCACCGGAGAGAGAGGGUGGCAGUGAUGGUCAGCCUGUUGGAGAUGAUGACGAUCAGGAUGUACGAGAUGAUAGCUCAGACGCCGGGGAUGAUGGAGAGGCCGCAAACGUCGGAGGGUUCGUCAACAAAGUGAUCGUUGGCCUUUGCGCGGGGGACAUGGAGGGGGGUACACCUGGAGGCCACGGUACUUUGCAGGGGGGGGAUGCGGUUAUGGAGGAGGAGUCAGGGUUGCACACUGGCGUCAGGGCAGCGAGAGUGGUGCAGGACACAGUCCUGUCAUGGAGGGUGUUGUCGGCGUUGACGACGAGGCAUGGUUACGUGGGACGACCCAGUGUGCAUACGGCAGCACGUAUCUUGGGACUGUCGGAUAGACAGACGAGGAGGCGGGUGUUCCCGGCCCCAGGUGUUGUAGAGGAUAUACGGCGAGGAUUGCCUUACACGUCGGGCGAGGAGGGCGACUUAUAUAUGCCAGCAGGGGCGCGACGUCACCCAUCUAUAAGCGGACUAGAUGCUCAGAUUGCAGCCGACCAACGGCGUUUCGACGAGUUGGUUCGAGAGCGUGAUAGGCUGGCCGAGACGGAGGCCCACGGGGACGACGUGGACACGAAGACAGAGCCCAUCGACGUCACUGUGCAGAGGGACAGAGCCAGGAGAGCAGCGACUGCUGCAGCUGCGGCCACCACAAUAGGAGAUCCACGCAUCGAGACCCCGCGUGGAGAGAGAGCGACACAUGGGCGGGGACAGAGUGCACCUCCAGUGACCAAAUCAGGCACACCCCAUCACGGGACAGGUCGGAGGCGCAAUGGGAGGAGUUAGAUCUGCCAUGUAUUUUAUUUUAUUUUAUCUGUAGCUGACAUGCCACGACCCUG